AUGUCUGAACUUGAAGGAAAAUCUGCUCACAGUAGCAAACAAACACCCUCAAGGCCAAGUUGGUCAGCCAAGGAUACAGAAACCAUCAAAAGUUUGGUGGCUGAUCAUCCCAAGGCAGAUUGGGAGGCACUUCAAAAAAUAAUCAAGAAUGGAGAUGGGAAAAAUAUCGCCGAUAGGGAAACAUUCACUGGUGAACAAUGGAUGGCCUUGUGUGCAGAACGAGCUUCCAAAGACCCGUCUCGAAGAACCUACGAUGCCAUUUGUACAAGACAUUUUCCAAAACUUGUGAAGAAACCUCUCGAAGUAAAGUAUGGAGAAUUGACUGCCGAGGAUAAAAGAAAGUGGGUGGAGAAAUAUAAGUCGCAAUCUACCACCGGGGGAUAUGCUUUGGAUUUGAAGGACUCAAAGACUUCCGAAUAUGUCUAUGCCACUUAA